AUGACCGCGACUAGCAUUCCUCCCCCGCCAAGCCCUGAGACCAUAAAGGGGAGAUACACACACACCUCUAAGCCCAGACGAGCUAUUCUCGUCACUGGUGGGGCCGGCUUUAUUGGCUCCCAUCUUGUCGAAGCUCUUCUUGCUGAGGGCGGUUGGAGAGUCGUCGUCGUUGACAACUUUGAUGAGUUUUACGACCCAGAGAUCAAGCGCGCCAACCUUGCACCUCAUCUUCUGAACCCGAAUCUGAAGCUUUACGAAACCGACAUUGAGGAUCUCGAGGCCCUUCAGACUAUUUUCACUGAUAAUGGCUUUUCUGCCAUUGUUCACCUGGCAGCCUGCGCUGGUGUUUGCGCUAGAGAGUUUGAUGUCAAGCAGUUUCUCCUCGGAUCAUCGUCGAGUGUGUACGGUCUUGGUGCUAAAGCUCCUUUCUCCGAGAACUACAAGAGCACACAGCCUAUCUCUCCCUAUGCAACAUCCAAGUCGGCUGGUGAACUGCUUUGCCAUACAUACUCUCAACUUUAUGACAUUCGCUGCAUCUGCCCCCGUUUAAUCACCGCCUAUGGACCCCGUCAGCGCCCAGAUCUCGCCAUCCACAAGUUUACAAGGCUCAUCCACCAGGGCAAGCCUAUUCCGCUCUUUGGAGAUGGCUCUUCGCGUUGCGAUUACACUUAUGUCGAUGAUAUUAUCGAUGGUAUCUUCGCUGCGCUCAAGUAUGACGGACCUGACUACUAUGAGGUCUUCAACCUUGGAAAGUCGCAGACCAUUCAGCUUAUGCUAAGCGACCAAGAGCCCAUCAAAAUGAACUCUGAGAUACGCGGUAUAUCACCAGUACGGGUGAAGGAUGUCCCAGAUGAUCUCAAGUCGGUUUCAAGCCCGCUGGUCGAACAUGGCAAGACGGUUGACUGGAGCGACAUGCCUCUGUAUACCGAUUUCUUCCUCUCGACAGUACCAGCUAUGCUGCAUCAUAACAAAUACAAGGAAAGACGUGCGACAUGGUGGGAUACACCAUGGUACCACCAGAAGCUGCGUGGCCUUGUCCAAUAUGCUCUGCUGCCAAGAGAAGCCGAUGAGCCUUUGGCUACUGUUCAGCUUGAGGGUAGCAGGGUCAGAUACUGGGCAGCUUCAGCAGAGGAGAUGGACAGAUAUCCCCGCAUGGGUAAGCUCAAUGCCAACUUAACGGCCUAUGAUAGGUUUCCGAAGAUGGAGCCUAACGAGACGUGCUGGUAUGGAAGCCGGAAGCCGCGUGAAUCUAAAGCGACGUGGGAGGAAGAAGAUUUCCGUGAUGGUGGUGGAGAGUUCAACGGGUAUUGA